AGAACCCAGCAGGCAGCAGAGACUAUGGAGCUAGCCUCAGCCCGUCUCCACAAAGGACAGAUUUCCUGGUGGGGACUCCUGCUCACAGCCUCGCUUUUAACCACCUGGAGCCCUCCCACCACUGCCCAAGUCACCAUUGAAGCUGUGCCAACUGACGUUGCUGAAGGGAAGGACGUUCUACUACUUGUUCACAAUCUGCCACAGGCACUUCGAAUCUUUAACUGGUACAAGGGAAACAAUACGGAAGGAGCAUAUGAAAUUGCAAGGUUUAUAACAGCUGACAAUACGAAUAGAACAGGGGCUGCAUACAGCGGCAGAGAGACAAUAUACCAAAAUGGAUCUCUGUUCUUCCAAAAUGUCGACAAGAGUGAUGAGGGAGUCUACACACUAUCUGGGUUAGAUCAAGACUAUGCUCCUAUCUUGAAAUUUUAUGUGCGAUUCUAUGUGCACCUUGCAUUACAAAAGCCCAGCAUCACAAGCAACAACUCCAGUCCCAUGGAGGGUGAGGACUCGGUAUUAAUGUGUGGACCUUACACUGAUAAUAUAAUCUACCUGUGGAGAAGAAAUGGCGAAAGCCUCUCAGAAGGUGACAGGCUGAAGCUAUCUGAGGGCAACAGGACUCUCACUUUACUCAAUGUCACGAGGAAUGACACAGGACCCUAUGAGUGUGAAAUCCGGAACCUAGUGAGUGCCAACCGAAGUGAUCCAUUCAGUCUGAACAUUGCCUAUGGUCCGGAUACCCCGAGUAUAUUCCCCUCAGAUACUUAUUUGCUUCAAGGGUCAAACCUCAGCCUCUCCUGCCAUGCAGCCUCUAACCCACCUGCACAGUACUUUUGGCUUUUCAAUGAGAUGCCCCAGGCAUCCUCCCAAGAGCUAUUUAUCCCCAACGUCACUACUAAUAAUAGCGGAAUCUAUACCUGCUUCGUCAAUAACUCUGGCACUGGCCUCAGUAGGACCACAGUCAAGAACAUUACAGUCCUUGAGGCAGUGACUCAGCCCUUCCUCCAAGUCAUCAACACCACAAUCAAAGAACUAGACUCUGUGACCCUGACCUGCUACUCAAAUGACACUGGAAUCUCUGGAAUCCGUUGGCUCUUCAAUAACCAUAGUCUGCAGCUCACAGACAGGAUGACACUCUCCCAGAACAAUAGCAUCCUCACAAUAGACCCUACCAAGAGGGAAGAUGCCGGGGAGUAUCAGUGUGAGAUCUCCAAUCCAGUCAGUUCCAAAGGGAGUAACCCAAUCCGGCUGGACAUAAUAGCUGACCCAACACAAGGAGGCCUCUCAGAGGGUGCCAUUGCUGGCAUCGUGAUCGGAUGUGUGGCCGGGGUGGCUCUAAUAGCAGCGCUGGCAUAUUUCCUCUAUUCCAGGAAGACUGGCGGGGGAAGUGACCAGCGAGAUCUCACAGAGCACAAACCCUCAGCCUUCAACCACAAUCUGGGGCCUUCUGACAACUCUCCUAACAAGGUGGAUGACGUCUCAUACACUGUCCUGAACUUCCGUGACCAGCAGCCCAAGCAGCCAGCUUCAGCAUCUCCACCUCCAAGAGCCAAAGAAUCACUUUAUUCAGAAGUAAAAAAGAAGUGAGCAUAGUCUGU